AAAAAAAAUAAUCAUUUUCCUGGGAAAGUCCAAUUCCGAUUUCCCUGUGCUGGAAUAGUGAAUUCUUCCUCACCAAGAAAUCCCAUAUUUUCCUUGCCCUCGCGCUCUAUAAAGUUGGCUGCCUAUAGCAGAUCGUACCCUAGCGCGAUUCACUUUCCCAAAACCCCGUUGCUUUCACAUUCUCGACGGCUCUUCCGCCAUGGACGACGACGAGGGUCUCCUACGCCGCAGCGUUCGAAAGCUCCAUCUCUCGCAGCUGCAGGUUGUUUCCGCGCUAGGGCGGGGAGCCAAGGGCGUGGUGUUCCUGGUGCGAGACCUAGGGUUCGAUGCCGCCGCAGACGAGUUCUUCGCACUCAAGGUAAUCUCCAAGGCUCUGAUCGCGGCCAAGGGCGACGGCGAUAGUGAGGGAAGCCGGCGCAAGCGAGUCCGAUUCGAGCAGCUGGCCUUGAGCCGUUUCCGGCACCCGCUUUUGCCCAGCCUUCACGGCGUUUUCGAAUCUGAGAAGCUUGUUGGCUACGCCAUUGGCUACUGCCCCGGGCGAGAUCUCCACUCCUUAAGGAAGAGACAGACCGAGAAGAUGUUCUCCGAUGAUAUUAUCAGAUUUUAUGCUGCGGAAUUGGUGCUAGCGCUGGAGUAUUUGCACGGAUUGGGGAUAGUAUACAGAGAUUUGAAACCAGAAAACAUCAUGAUUCAAGAAAAUGGCCACCUAAUGCUCGUUGAUUUCGAUCUCUCGACGGAGCUCCCCGUGAAAACUCCUCAGGUCGUGAACUCGGCGGCGAGCUCUAACUCGCCAAAGAGAAAGAGGCGGUUCUCAGCGUUCUACAAGUUCCGCCGCAACUCGGGCAUAUCGCCGGAUGACUCGGCGGGGAAGUCGAACUCGAACGAUGCGGACAGGGCGGGGAAAUCGAACUCGUUCGUCGGGACGGAGGAGUACGUGGCGCCGGAGAUAAUUUUAGGGAACGGCCACGAUUUCGCCGUAGACUGGUGGUCGUUGGGGGUGGUUUUGUACGAGAUGCUGUACGGGGCGACGCCGUUUAGAGGCUCCAGUAGGAAGGAUACUUUUUAUCGGAUUUUAGCGAAGGAGCCGGAGCUUGUCGGCGAAGCGACGUCGUUGCGGGACUUGAUCCGAAAACUACUUGAAAAGGACCCAAAGCAGAGGAUCGGAGUGGAGGGAAUCAAGGGCCACGAUUUCUUCAAAGCCGUUGACUGGGAUACGAUUCUGCAAAUCCAACGGCCACCCUUCAUUCCUUUGGGGCCCGAUAUCGAGGACGUGGACGGAAAUAAAGGAAUUGAUUUGGAGUCGUUUGUCGAAGAUGCACAUAAAAAACAUAAUGACGAAAAAACCAAUACGCCUGAGCAAAAUAAAAGUGAGAAUACGAACGAGGGGGUGUGGAUAAAUCAGAAUAACAAUUCUGAAUAUAACAAAUUCUCUAUUUUUUGAUUAUUUUAUUUUUUGAUUUUAAAUAGUUGAUGUUCAUUAUUCUAAAUCACAGAGUCUAAAAAUGACGGAGAUGAGGUUGGCAGCUGCUACAAGUCAAAUUGACUGAUGAAAGUCAUACUAAUCUUUGUAAACAUAGCUUAACUCUUUUUUUUCUUCCUCGUGUUUUGAUAAUGGGGUAACUCAAAGAAUUUAAAUUAGAAUGUUUGAUUUUGAUUUCA